AUGCGCGCCCGUCACUUCCUUGUACUGUCCUCGCUGCUGGGCCCUGCAAGCGCUUUGCAGCUUCCCUUCAAAGUGCCCUCCUUCUUCGACCAUCAAGCCAAGGUUGAGGCAAAACCCCGCAUCGCAAUCAUUGGCGCUGGAGCAGGCGGUAGCAGUGCAGCGUUCUGGCUCGCAAAGGCUCAGGCGCUGGGUGUCGAGGUGGAAGUCGAUUUGUUUGAGAAGGAAUCCUAUGUCGGCGGGCGCACCGUUGUUUAUCCAUAUGACAACAAGAGCUUUCCCGCAGUCGAAUUGGGAGCGUCGAUAUUCGUCAAGGCAAACAAGAAUAUGUGGAGAGCUGUGGACGAGUUCAACUUGACGAGGCGGGAUUUUAAAGAAGAGCAGGGCCUCGGCAUCUGGGACGGGGAGAAAAUUCUCUACACUGCCAACGGGGGCUGGUGGGGCUGGUGGGACACAGCCAAAGCGCUGCUUCGAUACGGAAUACAAUCGCCUAGGCGAACUCAGUCCUUCGUGGACGGCAUGAUCAAGACAACGCGAACGAAAUCCACGCCUUGGAGGGCGCGUGUUCUCUUGCCCCAACCGGAGCGAGGCAAGCACACUGCGGUUGCGGGCGGUAACUUCCUGGUUUUUGAGCAAUUCCUCAACCAUUCCCAAGCCAAUGUGCAUCUGAACACAGCUGUGACCUCUAUAAAACCCAAGUCAUCCGGGGACUGGGUCGUGACUUCCUCUGAAGGCUCCCAAUCUUACAAGGCGGUCAUACUCGCCGCACCCUUUCACUCGACGAAAAUCGAUGUCCCAGUUGAGAUAGCGUCCGCAAUCCCAAUCCAACCCUAUGUGCAUCUUCACGUGACUCUGGUCUCCACGACGGCGCCGCGUUUUUCUCCGGGCUACUUCUCGCAGUCGCCGUCGGCCAAGCUUCCCGCCAUGAUGCUCACGACCGCUUCAAAUGCUCGGCAAGGCGGGCCGGAACCCGAGUUCAACUCGAUUUCUUAUCAUGGCCGUAUUUCAGAAAGCGAAUGGGUCGUGAAAGUGUUCUCCAAGACUCGCAUCACCGACGAAUGGCUCUCUGAGAUGUUCGAUGGCCAAGUCGGCUGGGUGUAUCGCAAGGAGUGGGAUGCAUAUCCAGAACUGCCGCCCACUUCAAGAUUCCCCGACGUGAUGCCUGCCCCUGGUUUCUACUAUGUCAACUCAUUCGAGCCAUUCAUCAGCACGAUGGAGACCGAGGUUCUCUCCGCGCGCAACAUCGUUGACUUGCUGCUGGACCAACACUUCGAAUCUGGUAUCUGCGGAGGCAAACUGGCGAGCCGGACUGUUGCUGAUGACUUUGAGGAUUACGUUUAUGGUUGGGACUGCUGA